UGUUUUUAAAAUUUUUGUGAAUAAGCUUCAUUGUUUGUGUUGCAACGUUAAUUUUUUCUCUUACGUGGUGUUUCAUCAUCAAUUUUCUAAGUUCCUGUAAUAACUAAGUUUCAUCGCCAAGUUUCAUCGUUUAGCGCUAUGUCUUUGUUGUUGUGUUUGUGUUUUUAUUUUCUUUGAAUAACUAUAAACAUUUAUGUUUCUUUUUUUACUCAUGUAGAAGUUUUACAAAUAUCUCCUGGAUUAAACAAGUAUUGGAUCUCUGAAUGUGAUGAAACAUUCAAACCAAGGCUUGGCAUGGUAUUCAAAACCCUUGAGGACGGUAUUGAGUUUUAUAGGCAGUAUGCGGGUGCUUGUGGCUUCGACUCUCGUAUUGGUUCUCAAACUAAGGAAUGCCGGCCUAGGACAAACACUGUUGUUUGGAAAUAUGUUGUGUGCAAUAGAGUCGGUUUCAAGAAUCCUGCUAAAUCCAAACUGGUAGAAGCCAGUCAUGGUCCUGUGUUUAGCGCUGUUAGUAAUGAACAGCCAGAACGCUCACAUAAUGACGCAGAGGCUCACAUUUUGCCAGAGCAAGCAGAACCUUCACAAAUGUGCUUGCCUAAUUGCACACCAGUUCUUUUAAAAGUGCUUCCUAUUAUUUAGCACAUAUGAUGUUAUCUAAAUGCACACUCCAUUUAUUACAAAU